ACUCGAUCUUUUGGCAUAGUAAGAAAACAACAGCAGGUCGUACAACGUUCUGCAGAACCUUUUUCCGAGCGCAAUUCGUUCUCCAAGCAGUGAGUCGUUUCUUAUUAUAUUCCCACAUUUCUCUUUAACACAAAAUCUUUGAAUAACAACAAAAAUGAAUCAAGAAAUAAAAGCAAGAAAACCAGUGAGACGUGUGGGACGAAAAAGACCAGCUCCCAUCCAUCCAGCUCCAGUGGUCUUGCCAGGUAGAGUGGCAGCAGAACAUGGCCAAAAACAUGUUGCUGAAAUGAAAAAUAACAGGGAAAAAGAAAAGAUAGAGAUGAAAGCUUUAAAUAUAAAACUUACCACCGUUCUUACAAAAAUACGUUACUUAGAAGCUGAAAACAAACAUCUGAAAAAUAACUUGAGUGCUCAGAAUGAAUUUAAAUAUGAUAAGAUUAAGAUCUUAUACGAAGAUCGACUGGAUGAGUUGAAAGCACUUCUAAAAGACAAAGAUGAGGAACUUGCAGCUGUGAAGUCCAAAAAUGAAUCGCUUGAAGAAGAAGUUGACGAUUUGAGUGAACAAUUAAGCCAAGUGCAGGACGAGAAAGACAGAGUGCAAAGCGACAACGAUGGCUUACACGAUGAUGUUGCCCGCUACAUUGCAGACAGCGAAACCAGCAGAAGAAGGGCAAGUGAACUGCAGAAGCAACUUGAAGACUGGAAGGCCAGAAAUGGCAUCGUUGUGAAUCAAAUGAAUGCACUUAGAGAGGAACUAAAAAAUGAAACUACUCAAAGACUGGAGUUAGCAAACUGUACCGUGAAGCUGGAAGACGAACUUUCUUUCAAUUAUGAUAUCCACGAUGUUGAGGUCAAGGAAUUACAGGCGAUGAUAUCAAAAUUGAAGAAGAUACCCGAUUUCGAUGAAACAUGGAAGGCCGAAAUUGGAAAUAUAGUUGCUGAUUUAAGCGCCCAGUAUGAGGAUCAAAUGAGAAAAACUAUUGCUGCUAUGGAAAGUAAACAUGCAUUAGAGUUACAGUUAAUGAAGGCAAAUGCCAAGCCCAGAGAAGAUGUUAUAGCUAAGAGAAGAGAUUUGCGCAAGGAAGAGGGUAAUAAGUUGGGUAAAAUAAGAGACCUUGAAACUCAGAUAGCAAAUUUGAAAAGUAAAAUUAAUGAAUUAGAAUCUAAACUGGACGAGGCAGUAAACGGGCGUGAAUCUGACGCUGCGAGUUACGAGGCCGAGAUUGAGCGCUUGCGUAGAGAGUUGGAGGAAAUAUUGACAAUUUUCCAAGACCUGGCAAAUGAUAAGAACUUCCUAGGGAUGAAUAUUGCAGCAUGUCAGGCACUCUUUGAAGCAGAAAAUAGCAGUGAGCGUUCGAAAUCAGUUGAACCCCAUAAUGAUGGAUCUCAAACAGAAGAUAAAGAGACUAUGGAUCGUCGUACAAGUGGCUCUGUGAAAGUCGUUGAAGUAGCAACCGAUGGAAAAUACAUUAAACUUGAAGACCAUGCUAAGUUCCCAAAAGGUGCAACAAGCAUAAAGAACUGGAUAUUGACUCAAACCCUUGACAAUGGCAAGAGCCACACCCAUAAAUUUACCAAUGGUAACGUGUUUGCUUCUAACAAAAUUGUCAAAAUUUGGGGAUCAAAACACGGUGCCGGGCAAGAUGGAAUCACAUCUUCUGAUGUCACCGAAUGGGAUACAUCAACAUCGACAAUUUCUUUAAAAGACACCGAAAACAUGGAAAUCGAUGUCCUUGUUAUUAAAUAUUUAAACUUUACUAAGUUAAACGUUGACUUUCGUCCUGCAAGUGUCGAUACAAUAAAGAAACAGUCAAGAGUGGCCUUGAUUGUGGGGACCUAUCAAGGCAAUCAAAUUAAACCUCAUAUACAAACGGUAAAAUCAACAACAACAACAGCACCAAGACGAAAAGUUAGGAGGAACAGUAUUCGUGUUCCACAUGGAGUUUCUAUGCCAGUUUAUACUCAGAGAGCUCCAAUAGUCUUGGCCAAAGGAGUCGCAGCAGCAAGUUCUCAAAAACAUGUUGCUGAUAUGAAAAAUAGCAGAGAGAAAGAAAGGAAGGCAAUGCAAGGUUUGAAUUCAAAGCUUGCCAACCACCUUGAAACAAAACGUAUGUUGGAGGCUGAGAACAAACAUCUUAAGGAACUCUUAAAUAAAUCUAGGGUUGAAUUUAAUAUUGAUUCAGUCAAGACCUCAUACCAAGAGCAACUGGAUGAAUUGAAAGCACUCCUAGCAGACAAGGAUAAGGAACUGGCAGCAGUAAAGUCCCAAAAUGAAUCGCUUGAAGAAGAAGUUGAAGAUUUGAGCGAACACCUGCGCCAAGUGCAAGACGAGAGAGAUAGAGUGCAAGCCGAAAUUGAUGGCUUACACGAUGAAGUUGCCCGCCGCAUUGCAGACAGCGAAACCAGCAGAAGGAGGACAAGUGAACUGGAGAAGCAACUUGCUGAUUGGAAGAAGCGAUAUGGCAUUCUUGAGGGACAAAUGGGUGAACUUAGAACCAACUUACGAAACGAAACUUCUCAAAGAUUGGAAUUAGAAAACCGUCUGACGUUGCUGGAAGAUGAGAUUGCUUUCCUCGAUGAAGUCCAUAAUGCCGAGAUCAAAGAAUAUCAGGCAAUUGUAUCAAAAACACAGAAGUUACCUGAUUUCCAAGACUCAUGGAAGGCUGAAGUUGGAAAUAUAGUUUCUGACUUAAGCGCCGAAUAUGAGUCUCAGUUGCAAGCAAUUACUGCUGCGAUGGAAAGUCGACAUGCGGAUGAGUUACAGAAAUUGAAAGCAGGCGUCAGGACCAUCCCAGCAGCUCAAGGCAGCGGGCUCAGUUCAAGUGGAGCAUCUUCAGCAUCGGGUGAAAAUAGGCGUUCACGUAUGGAAGGAAGCACUAUGAGGGAAUAUGAAUCUACGAUAUCAAGUAUGAAAAGUAGAAUAAGGGAUCUAGAAUUUCAAUUGGAGGAGGCCCUAAGCAAAAAUGCAUCUGAGUAUGCGACUCACAGAGCCGAAAUUGAUAACUUGCGUUUGGAAAUGGAGACAAUGUUGAAGGAAUUACAAGACCUUAUGGAUGCUAAACUCUCACUGGAAUUGGAAAUUGCUGCAUAUCGCAAACUACUUGAAGGAGAAGAGAACAGAAUGAGUUCAGCUCUUACCAGUAUUGGUGGAUUUCAAACAGACGCUGAGUCUGCACUCGCGAGCGCAUUAUCUUCAGCAGGAAAUAAAAUGACUAUGAGUCGCUCCACAAAUGGAACUGUGGCCAUCGUUGAAUUAGAAUCCGGGGGAAGAUACAUCGAAAUUGAGGACCAUGCUAAGUUUCCAAAGGGGUCAACAACCUUAAAGAACUGGACAUUGACCCAAACCCUAGACAAUGGAAAGAGCUACACCCAUACAUUUAACGAUGGUAACGUGUUUGCUUCUGGUAAAAUGACCAAGAUUUGGGGAUCGAAAUUCGGUGCUGGUCAAGAAGGCAUCACAUCUUCUGCUGUCGAACAAUGGGGUACAUUGGCAGUACCGUCGACAAUUACUUUGAGAGACGACAAAAAUAAGGAAAGUGCUGUCCUUGUGAUCAAAAUAAACGCAUAAAGAACGUAAUUUAUCUCAGCUGAGAAAAAUUGCUUUUGUUGCAGUUAGCACAAAGUUUCAGAAAGUCUCCCUUUUUCCGUUAUAAUAAUAAUUUCAAUAAAAUGAUAAGCACUUGCA